UUCCAUUCCUUGCCGGAUACCUGAUAACUUCUCUUAUAACUAAAUUUAACAGGAUUUAGAGAAAGUUGGAAAAAAUGGCCCAACGGUUUCCUGGACCGGCCCCUUCACAGGUUCCUGGAGUCCCUCCACCCCAAAGAUAUCCACCUCAACAAGCACCAGGAAUGAGACCAUAUGGAGCACAAAAUUUUCCGCAAAGGGCAAGUGGUUAUAACACUCCUCCUCCUACCAUGGGUACAAGUGGGGGAGGUUUGAUACAACGUCCACAGCAAGCACCAUAUUCUCCAAUGAGGGGUAGUGGUAUGCAAAAUCAACAAGGUGGAAAGCGACCUACCGAUAAUAGGAGUGCUAUGCAACAAAAGGGGGCAGACUACAGUCAUGGGACCAGCAAAAAAAAGAAAAAAUUAGCUGACAAAAUUCUUCCUCAAAAAGUUAGAGAUUUAGUGCCAGAAAGUCAAGCCUAUAUGGAUUUGUUAGCAUUUGAGAGGAAAUUAGAUGCUACUAUCAUGAGAAAAAGAUUGGAUAUUCAAGAAGCUUUGAAGAGGCCUAUGAAGCAAAAGAGAAAGUUGAGGAUUUUUAUCUCAAACACAUUUUAUCCUGCUAAAGAGCCUUGUACUGAUGCCCCUGAAGGGUCUGGACAGGAAGGAAGUGUUGCUUCAUGGGAACUAAGAGUUGAAGGAAGAUUACUAGAUGACUCCAAAAAUGAUCCUAAUAAGGUGAAAAGAAAAUUUUCAUCUUUUUUCAAAUCUCUUGUUAUUGAAUUGGAUAAAGAUUUAUAUGGCCCUGAUAAUCAUUUGGUUGAAUGGCAUAGAACUCUAACUACACAGGAAACUGAUGGCUUUCAGGUUAAAAGACCUGGUGACAAAAAUGUCAGGUGCACCAUUUUAUUGCUACUUGACUAUCAACCGUUACAAUUCAAACUAGAUCCAAGAUUAGCCAGACUUCUUGGAGUUCAUACACAAACUAGACCAGUGAUCAUUUCUGCUCUCUGGCAAUAUAUAAAGACCCAUAGACUACAAGAUGCACACGAGAGGGAAUACAUUGUUUGUGACAAAUAUUUAGAGCAAAUAUUUGGUUGUCCAAAAAUGAAGUUUGCUGAGAUACCACAGCGUCUGAAUCCCCUUCUUCAUCCCCCAGAUCCAAUUGUUAUCAACCAUGUCAUUUCUGUUGAAGGAGGAGCAGAAAGCAAGCAAACUGCUUGUUAUGAUAUUGAUGUUGAGGUUGAUGAUACAUUAAAAACACAAAUGAACAAUUUCCUUCUGAGCACUGCUAGUCAACAGGAAAUUCAAGGCUUAGACACAAAAAUUCAUGAAACUGUUGAUACCAUAAAUCAGCUGAAGACUAAUAGAGAGUUCUUCUUGAGUUUUGCUAAAGAUCCGCAACAAUUUAUUCACAAGUGGAUUGUGUCACAAACCAGAGAUCUGAAGACAAUGACGGAUGUGGUGGGUAAUCCCGAGGAAGAGAGGAGGUCAGACUUCUUCUACCAGCCAUGGGCUCAAGAGGCUGUUUGCCGAUACUUCUAUACUAAGGUUCAACAAAAACGUGCAGAACUUGAGCAGGCACUUGGAAUUCGUAACAAUUAAUGUGUGGUACACUUUAUUUUAUUUGCUUUGAGUCGAUAUGUUUUUAAAAUAAGGAUUCAUUAGAAAAUAAGCUUAUAUAUUACAAUUUUGUAAAAUAUUUGAUUGCACGAUUAAUUACGUUGAAAUUAAAUCGCUUCAAAUAA